AAAAAUGGACCCGUGUCUCUCUGUUUACAGUACUGGCCCUUUAAGGGUUAAAGCCCAGAAAGCGCUCCGCCCAGAGGAGAAGUAAGUGCGUCAACUUUUGUUUUUUGGAGUUUUCUCUUCCAUGUGUUGCGUGUGUACAGGACAUGAGUGAAGAUGAAUGAGGAUGCAUUCGAGGUCCCGGAGAGGACCGAGUACCGCUACCUGGUGCAGGAGGAGGACGAGGAGGAGGUGCAGUACGUCCGUCACAGACACUACAUCAACCCCCUCCUGGUGCUCUCCAGACGCUGCAUCUUCCUCAUCUGCCUCACCGUGUUCGCUCUGCUCUCGCUCGCCGCCUACCUGGGCUACGUGGCCCAGACGCUGCCGCCGGGCCUCGCCCAGGUGUCAACACACUGCGGAGAGUUCAGAGGAAGACACAAAAAUGGAGCUUACUCCUUUAAGGGCAUGCCCUACGCUGCUCCACCCGUUGGUAACCUGCGUUGGGCCCCACCAGCAGAACCGGUGUGCAAAAGCGGGGUAACCGACGCAGGCCGCUUCCGCAGCAUGUGCCCUCAGGUGCGGCCGAUGUUGAACACGGGGAAGGUGAUGGGCCAGGAGGACUGCCUCUUCAUCAACGUGUGGACGCCCACGCUGCAGCCUGACGCCAAGCUGCCCGUCAUGGUCUGGAUCCACGGAGGGUUCCUGCACAUGCUCAGUGGAGGAGAGCAGGGCUACUCGCCCACAGAGAAGCUCGCCAACGACACAGGAAUGGUUUACGUCAGCUUCAACUACAGACUCAAUGCAUUCGGCUUCCUGGCACUGGAGAUACUGAGAGAAGGUUCUCCAAAAAACACCUCAGGGAACUAUGGCUUCAUGGACCAGAUCGCGGCUCUGAAGUGGGUCCAGAGGAACAUUCACUUGUUUGGAGGAGAUCCUGGGAAAGUCACCAUAUUUGGACAGAGCUCAGGUGGGACAUCAGUGUGGACCCUGAUGAUGUCUCCGCUGGCAAAGAAUCUCUUCCAUGCGGCGGUGGACAUGAGCGGCUCGUACGUCUAUAACGCGACGCUUGAACAGGCCGAGUCCGACAACCUGGUGUUCCUGAAGAAGACAGGCUGCAGAGACCGGAGCUGCCUCCGGCGUCUCUCCAUCAGACAGGUCCUACAGGCCGUCCCGUGGCAGGAGUACCCCUCCUGGGCGGCAGAUGAGUUGACAGACCUCCCCGUGAGAGGGCGCCUCGUCGGUCCGGUGGCAGUGGUGGACGGGUACGUCCUCGAAGCUCCGCCUUUCGAGGUGUGGGAGAAGAAAGGAGAACACAGCGACGUUCCUUUCCUCAUCGGGACGACAGAGCAGGAGGCUGACUUCAGACCUCCGGCUGACAACAUCUCCAUGUGGACCUGGGGGGACUACCAGUGGUUUGUAACAGUUAAACUUCAGACCUUCAGCGAGAAUCUCCCCAAAGAGGCGUUGGACCUGUAUCCGAGCUCCAUCCCCUGCCCCACCACAGACCGCUGUCCAGAGAGGGCCUACACCACUAUGGUGUCCGACAUCAGGACCACCUGUCCCAACAACGACCUGGCCUGGAGGGCAGCAGUGGCCCUCGACAGUCCUGUGUAUCGGUACGUGGUGACGCACACGCCAUCAGGACCGGUCAACGCGUCCGGCGAACUGCUGCCGUUCCCCAGCCGCUUCUCCUUCCACUGUCUGGACGUCGUGGCUUUCUUCGGAGGGCUGGAGUUGGUCCUGGGGAAACCUCUCUCUGAUGGAGACAAGCGCUUCCAGGAUCUCAUCACACGCCACCUCGUCAACUUCGCCAAAACAGGUAAGAUGGAGGACGAGUGGCCAGAAUACCCAGCAGCCACUGCUCUCCUGUCCAGCGGCCUGUCGGUGGUCCAGAACUACUCGGCUGUUCGGUGUCAGCUGUGGAAGGAGAACGGCCUGUACGCCUACGCCUGGAUGAACUGACCACAGACGGCAGCUGAAGGCAGCGCUCACCUGACCACUCACUUAUUCAUCACUAGACUUUAUUAAAGUCACUGCUUUGUCGCGCCGAGGUGAGCUCGUCUCACCCGGCUCACGUCCUGCGGCAGCCAUUUGACUGGCUGUGAGUUUGAAAACACAUCGUAAGUGGAACAUUUUGUCGGUUUGAAGUUGCGUUUGAGUUCUCAGUAGCUUAACUGCAUUGUUAUGAAUUAUUAACAACGGCCAUAUCUGUGUUUAAAUAUCCCCAGACCUCCAUGGAUAAAGGGUCAGUUCACCAAAAUUACAAAAAAACAUAUCUACUCACUUAACCAUCCAUGCUGAUAAUUUCGGUAUUAUUUGUCCUGUCUGUCUCCAGCCCAGCACAAUGGAAGUGAAUAGAAUUUAUUCAGAAAUGACAGAAACGUGUCUUUCCAGAAACAAUGUCCUGGCUAUUCUGGAUUAUCCACAGACAUCACUGUGGACAGUUUUUAACUACUUUCUACUGAAGAAUACAAUCUAAACUAACUCAACUAUCUGUUACGCCACACACCGCUGGAGGUUAGAGAGAAGGUGGUUUUUGUUUGGGUGAACUGAGACUUUAACAAGCUGGAGGUCUGGCAGCACAGCACUGAAGUGACUGGACAUCAAACUGGGAGUCGGUUCAGAGUGAAGGAGCCUGACGGACGCAUGUAGACCAAAGGGACUGACGGUGGACUGUUAGUACAAUCAAGGAUUUUGAAGAACUAAAAAGUUAUCUUUUAUGUCAGGUCAGUGUGAGGUGUAAGUAACCCUGUAUUACAGUAAGGAAGAUGAUAUGAUAUGACCACCAAACGCAGUGAGUCCGCUCCGCCUGGACCCUCUGCUACACUGAAAAACACUACAUCAGAUAGCUCCAAACAGGUAAUGAGGAAGUCACUUCUCAGGAAACUUCCUUGUUUCAGCUCACUGACCGAGGACAGGGUCCAGGGGGUCCAGGGGGUCCAGGGUAGUUGCCUACUGCAAUCCAGCCAUGGUGAUGUGACUUUAAAAUGUUAUCUGAAGACUUUUUGUAGAAUUUACUCAACCUGAACAAGACUCAAAGCCUCCUGACGGUCUCUGGACCCUCUUUUGGGAACCAUUGCUAUGUUGGGAGACUUUUGAACUAACGCCGACGAGCACAUACUUAAUAAUGAGGUUCACGUUGGACUUUUGGUUCUCAGGUGCAGUCGUUUGAUGUCCACUGAAAGCGUUUGAGAAGCGGAGCGCCUUCCGCAGUUUGUUCUUCAGCAGACACAUUUAAAAUAUUGCUUCAAGUUGUUUCACCAACAUUUUUAGUUUGAGUUGAAGGAUCGUUCUUCAUCUGGGAAACAACAAACACAAACGCAUCAUGAGGUCCGCUUACUUGGUUUUUCCAGACUUUUCAGCUGCGUCUGAUGGCCUUGGCAGAUGGAGUUUGCUCAGUUGUCAUGGAGAUGACAGCUGACAGCGAUCACGUGACUGAAGUCCCAUACUUAGGUCAUGUGAUAACGACUCAACCAUCUCCAUGAAGGCCAUGAGAUGUGGCAGAAACCUCGAUGUGGAAACACGCCGCUUAUCUUUGUUUUCUGUCUAUAUUUCCUGAACAACGAUAAUCUCCUGCUUCACAGACUGUAGAGAGAAGUCACAUAAACAAGAACAAAACAUGCUAUAUCUAUGUAAAUAUUAGGUCAGUAAGGGAUAAAAUGCAUCAUUAAAUAUAAACCUUUUAAGUCAAUUGUCAAUAAAUAUCCGCAUUUAUAUUCAUUCACAGUAAAUUUCACGCUUCAGGAACGCAAGCCGCUUCGUCAGUAUUUGAACGGGUGCUUAAAGAUGCGAUGCAGCCACUUCCUGUGGACAUUAGUGGUUACAGCCUCGAGUACUCAAAGGGAAUUUGACUCGCGUGUCGGUGAAUACUUGACAGCUGAGACUCAGUUUCUUGCCAAGUAAAGUGGACUGGGGUUUCUAAAUCCAGGGGAAUAAUUGAAGUGAGAAAGGAAUGUGAGACACGUUAGCUUGAUUUUUUUGUUUUUGUUUUGUAGUAACCUUGGUGGUGUUUUUAUUCUGUGAAUGUGCUGCUGAGUCACAGGAUGUUUGUUUUGUGAACUUGUGAAGUCCUGCUGUUUGCACUGAUUCAUAACCUGAAGGCUUGGCCACUAAGUCUGUGCACCUUCCUGUGAACAUAUUGUAUUACAUGUAUGAACCAAGCUGUGUGUUUAUUAACUUUAUGUUCCUGGUUCAUUCCAGAUGUGCAUGAAACAGUGUUGUGAAUCAGAUCAGUUAACAGAGUUUUUAUUCACAAAUUUACACCCAGCUUUGUCUCAACACACACACUGCCACGUGGUUGUUUUUAACCACCUGUGAGCUCCGUAUUACUUUUUUAUGGUUUGUAAUUAUGCUUGACUUGUACUGGGACACUCGUUAUAUGCUCAAUAAAUUGACACCACGUGAA